CUUCAAGGCCAGUUAGCUUGUCACAAGACCCUCACGUGUAGGUUUAUCUUUAAUAACUCAAAGAUGGCUGGCUGCUCGGAGUUUCUUCUUGUGGUUUGCUCUCUUUUUGUCCUUGUGGGGGCUACAAUUCCUUACAAGACAGCUUAUUUAGAGCAAGAUCUCGAUCAUUUCAACUUCGUUCAAGCCAAUAGGGUCACGUUUAAACAGCGAUAUCUCUAUACAGGUAAGGCGCUCACCAUAAUUUCUGACACGGAUGGAGCUUUGGAGGUGAAGCUGCACGAUGUUGUUCAUUUUGUCGCAGAGCCUGGUUAAAUUUUAUCUCUCCUUUUUAAAGCUUUCUUAAGUAUAUUUCUGAAGUUCACUUUCUGUGAGAUUACGUAAGUUUUUGGAACGAUAAAUCACCACUCUCCCCUAUGGAUUUAAAGUGCUUGGCCCAGUUGAAUUUUAGAAAUAUGCAAUGCUUCUGAGAAUAUCUAAGCUGAGUUCUUGAAGCAGAGUCAUUUAAUUUAAAGCGGUACAGAAGUGAUGGAAGUUCAAUCAGAAGCAUUAAAGCUUUAACGACCCCCUCCCCUCCCCAGGGCCAAAGGAUUCGUUGUUAAAUGGACGUUGUAACCAUUAGUCACAUUUUAGUUUUUUUUACUGCUGUUGGUUUUUUUUUUUAAGAAGGGGGCAUCCAUGAAAUACCAUUUCAAUCUGCACCUGAUUUCACUAGCCUUCAGCCUAUAUUCGUAUGGUUGUGCUUAUUGGCUUGUAAAGAAAGAGAAAAAACAAGCAAUCGUUGAAGUAAAGAAAAGAAAUGAGCAGCUGUACCCACCCUCCAUAGUUCUCACUUUAUCUUUCAUAUGCCUGGAAGUACCAGCCUUGAAACUUAUCUUCAAGUUCACAUGAGGAUUUAUACAACUUGUGACAGCAUGAAAAGCUUUCAGUGUUAGUCAUUUAUUAAACUUAGUGCUGAAUGUUUUUUCACAGAUCAAUACUGGGAUGAAAAAGGACCAAUUUUCUUUUACACUGGCAAUGAAGGACCAAUAACUGGUUUCUGGGAAAACUCAGGCUUUGUUUUUGAAGCAGCUCAGAAGUUCAAUGCUUUGGUUAUUUUUGGUGAACAUGUGAGUACACAAGGAUACUUUGUGUGAAUGUUAAAUGUUUGAUGCUCUGAUUUCCAGCUGUAAUUUGUUGUACUCUGUCUUCAUCCUAUUUAGAGAUACUAUGGAGAUUCCCUUCCAUUUGGUUCGUCCUCAUUUGAUCAUGAUAAAGUUGGUUACCUUUCAAUAGAGCAAGCCCUUGCAGACUAUGCUGUCCUAGUGACUGAUCUUAAGAUUCAGUUUAAAGCCACAGAGAGUAAGGUUGUUGCUUUUGGUGGCAGGUACAUUGCAAUAACUUAACAUUAGUUACAGCAAUUAAGAUCACCUUCACAGAAACUACAACAUUAAUAUAAUUGUUAUAAUUUGGUUUCCAAGUAACUCGUCAAUGUCUAAGAUUGUAAAGAGCUUUGACCAAUUAUUGACUUUCUUUCCUUUUUUUUUGACUUUCAAAAGACAUCUUAGCAAGGAGUCUAAACUCUUUUCCAAUAACAAGAUUCCAGUCUGUUUCCAUACAAAAUGUGAAUAUUUGAACGCUUCCGGGAUGAGUACAAAUUCCAAAUUAUUUUGAAUUGUGUCAGAGGAUGAGUAAAUCAAAUAAAUUAUAUGCUGACAAACGAUCAGCACCAUAAAUGUGAUAUUUUUUAAUGUGCACACAAAGGAAAUAUAGGUCCUGAUUGGAGACCAAGAAGAGGGAUUGAACUGAGACUUGUUACAUUUAGUUUAAGAAAUAUUCUGUAUCAUUAAUUUUUCCUUGAUUGGUUUUCAGUUAUGGUGGAAUGCUGAGUGCUUACAUGAGGUUUAAAUAUCCUAAUGUGAUAGAUGUUGCCUUGGCAGCCAGUGCUCCAAUUUACAUGACCACUUUCCGUGGAAGUGAAAGAGACUUUUUCUUCACUGCAGUGACAGAGGUAAUGGUAAUUUUUUUAUUUUUGACAUUUCUAUUUUUUCAGGUUUAUCUCUUGUUCAGGUUGAUAAUUAGUCGUCCUCUCCAUAACAUCAGGGAAACAAUUAAUUCACUAAACAUUUAACUUCCAUGAGUGACCAAAACAAAAUGUCUCCUUACAAUAUUAAUACAAUAUCAAGUAGACAAGUGAUAAGACUGAAGAAAAAUAUCAAAGAGGAGACUAUCAGUUGGUCCAACAUGAAAUUCUUCAAAGUAACAUCAUAAGAAUUGUAUAGCAUAUAGUAAGGAGAAUUAAUAAUGAGAUCUGGGAGUUAAAGGUCAGCAUUUGUCAAUAGUAAAAGACUUGAGAGUCACAGUAAUUUUUCUCCUUUCUGAGAAAUGUAAUGGAGGACAUUAUGAAAAAACCAGGUUUUUAUUAGAUUUAAUUCUAGACAUUAUUGCUCCUAUUGGAUGAUAUCUAAAAUAUCUGUUUGUUUUUAAUGAUAUCAACAAAAGAAAAACUCUCAACAAUAACUGCAAAAUUAUCGCAACAUGGCCAGACUUUUGUUUCUAUGUCUAUAUUGUUGAUUUUAGUAAUAUAAUUAUGUCAUUUAUUUCCAAGGACUUUUUACAUGCUGAUGCCAAUUGUCCAGGUUAUGUUAUUACAGCUUUUGAAAUGAUUGAGAUGCUGAAAAAUCAAGGUGCAGAAGGUAAAAUGAAUCAGAGUUAUCUGUAGGAAAUCCAUGGAGUUGCUUAACCCUCAAAAUCUAAUGUACAAUGUAAAAACCUGAAAAUAGGUUAUAUCAAAUGUGUUAUCCUAAUAUUAAACUCUCUUAACAAUUUAAAAGAAAAUGAGUAGGAACUCCAAGGGAGAAAUCUUGAAAAUUAUGGGGUUUACAUCUUUUGCUGCAUUUAAGUUGAAAACAUGGAAUGUUGGUAUUAGGUAAGGGACUGGGGAACAAGUAAUACUCCCAUUGUGAGGGAUGAGUGUGCCGCACUAUUGCAGGAGGAAAUUGCCUCAUUACUGUGUCAUCCUCUUUUCCUUAACCCUUUAACCCCUAAGAGUGAUCAGCUUCUAAUUUCUCCUGACAAUUAUAUCACCCCUGAAUCAAACAUUAAGGUCACAGGAAUCAAGGAAAUGACCAUCUACAUAUAAAGCUCUUGAUUUUUCAACAAAUUCUGCUUGUCAGUGCUUCAGGAAAUGUAUAGAGAACAGUAUGGAGAAUAUUCUUACUGAUGUUAGGGUGUAAAGGGUUAGUAUUAAGGAGUACAUUAAGUAAGUGAAUCAGACUCCUUUUGAACAAGCUGUCUGAGUGAGUGACUGUCAUUUAUAUGGGUAAAUAUGACAAGGGGCUGGUUACAUCCUACAUUAUGGCAUGUACAAAUGACAGUUCAUGAUGUUCUAUACUUGGAGUGAAACUGGUGUGGAGUUCUAUUUCAGUUUGAAUUUAUUUGAAAUUCUUUCUUCAUUUUAUAGGACUUGCUGAACUCUCAAAAAUAUUUAAACUCUGCAAACCACUUAAGUCAACAGAACAGGUAAGGAUUAUUUGGUCAUCACUCAAAAACUAUGAUAACACUUGUCAUAGGAAGCAGGAUUUUAUUAUUACAUUGUAACUAUCUGUUAGCCUAUUUACUACAUCAUUGCUAUAAUAUAAUAAAGUAUUAUUGUUUGUCUCUCAAUGUGAUCACUUAUGAUGUAAAUCAGGAUGUUUUGACUGCAUACUGCUAGUCUUCAUCAGGUGAUAAGGUUGACUGGAUUAGGGUCUUUUUAUAAAGCAGGCUGCACCGCUGUAAUUGGUUGUUUUUUUCCACUGCUGUGAUUGGCGCAUUUCAAUCCUUGAUGUUAGUGAGUUGUUCCCUUGGUAGUCUGCCGUCAUAUGGCUCUCCAGUUGUAGUGUUUUUUUGUUUGUUUGUUUGUUUGUUUUUUUUAUAAUGGGUAUCCACACUUCAGGAUUUUGUAUUCUUCUGUUCCUGCUGAUGUUGUUAGGGUAAAGUCUUAGGUCUCUCCGACCCUUGGAGUGUACCAGUGAGGAUUACAAUCAAUCAACUUAACCUCACUCCAAAACAGUUGUUGUCCAGUGUUGUUGGCGUGCUCUGAAACAGCAGAGGUCUGGGCACAGGCUGGUCGGAUAUGUUGGUCAUGCUCCUAGACUAGUGCUACUUUACUCCUGACACUUUGGUUAUGUUUCCCUCCCUCUCUCACCCAGUCUCACUCUUCCAUGUCCUCCUGCUAUCUCUCAGUCUGGUGUCACACAUGGCUUGAUUUUGUGAGUUUGAGCGUGUGGCUUGAGUUUGUGCUUGAUUUUUGUGAAAAAAUUUACCUGGAAAUCGUAGAAUUUAGGGCUUCCUUGUAGAUGUGCCUUUGCUGAAUUCGAGUAUUGUUGUUAUUGUUGCUGUUUAUUAUCAUUAGUAGUAAUAGUAGUUAGUAGUAGUACUAUUUUCAUAAUUAUUAUUAUUAUUAGUAGUAGUAGUAGUAGUAUUAUCAUCUGAUUUUAAUUAAUGUCAUUAUUAUCAUUAUUGGUGCUCAACUGUCUCCCUAACUCUUACUGUAUGUCUUCCCUUCUGACCCUCUUCCAUAUAUUGUUUCACCAAUUAUUUAUUUUUUGUUUUCAUUUUAGAUUCCUCACAUGUUAGGCUGGAUUCGCAAUUCUUUCACAACCCUAGCCAUGGGUGAUUAUCCUUACCCUACAGACUUCCUGGCUCCACUUCCUGGGCAUCCUGUGAACUUGGCAUGUAAAAUGAUGGCAAGUGCAUCAUCCAAGGUUGAAGGCCUUGCUGAGGUCACAGCAUUAGUCUACAAUGGCACUAAUGGUACACUGACUUGUCUGGAUCCAGAUACAGAGUACAUUGAAUGUGCAGACCCCACUGGGUGUGGCCUGGGUCCAGACAGCCUUGCAUGGGACUAUCAGGUAUUGGGUUGCAUAUCCUGCCUGUCCACAGUUCUAAUUUCUCUUUACAAUCAAUCCCUUUAAUCAAAUGUUUGAGCUAGGAGAAUAAAGGAAAUGAUCAGCAACUAAUGAAGCGCAUGAUGGUUUUACAAAUUCUCCUUGUUAGAACCUAGGAAAUGUAUGGAGAACAGUAUGGAGAAUAUGCAUAAUGAUGUUAGGGUGUAAAGGGUGAACCAUGGUUUCCAUGGGAUAUAGGAACUAGUUAGGAUCAUCGGCUAAGUAUUAUGUGUGCUAUGCUCCAUCUCUAAAGCUGCCAGUUUAAACUCUGAUGGAAUCACUGUGUUGUGUAAGAUGCUUCAUCUAUUCAGGAUCUCUUUCUGUUCAGGGAUGCAAGGAUACUUUCUGAGAAACCAGAUGAAAUCAUAAUUGGAUAUGCAUGUAAAGAAUGGCUGGCUUAUGAGCUGACAUGACCUUACCAGAUUUUUUAAGUGAUUAUUCCAUGUGAAGUUUCCUUCUCGAAUCACUUUCUAUAAAGAAUGAACCUUUCUUGCCUGCUCAUGUUCAGGAAACAAAUGGCACAUAUAAUCCAAGCUUUGCCUGUCCACUGAACUAUUCAAGAAUUUUGUUUGUUUCAAUUUGUCAAAAUAAGAUUUAUAUUUCAUCUUUUCAGGCUUGUGCUGAGCUCACUCUUCCAGCUGGUUCUAACAACAAGACAGACAUGUUUCCACCUCUGCCAUGGACUCCAGAAAUGAUAUCCACAUACUGCCAGAAAAAAUGGGGUGUGAUACCUCAACCUAACUGGGCACCCAUACAGUUCUGGGGGAAAGGUUGGUUUCCUUAAGACAUUGAAAUACAUAGUAAGAGAUCUUGUUAGAUUGAAAAGGAAGAAUUUUAUUAAGGCAGGCACUAAAAACAGGGUAAGACUUGACCAUUCCCUUUGCCACUUCAUCUGGAUGGGAUGUUAAAUGAUUGCUGUUGACUCUCCCUGACAUGAUUUCCUUUGUAAGCUCAACUGCCACCCAAAAGCACUCCUGGUAGGAAAGAGUGUGAAUCAAUUGUUGUGCACAGAAUGUGAUUGUGAUGCUGAGCAGGGCUUGAUUGAACCUGACCUUGUGAUCUUGACUCUAUCAUGCUAAGCAUCAGGUUACACAAUUGUUUCAAAUCCCAUUCUCAUAGAUCCACUCCUUUUCCUUUCUGAAUGGCAGCAAUAUCAGUAUUUGAUUUUAAAAGUGAUCCAGAAUUUUUGUCAAAAUUAAAACACCUGGAAAAAGUCCAGAAUAUGCAAUGACUAAUCAGAUGAGACUUGAAAACAAAUCUUAAAACUAGGAUUCCUGUCUGUAUUGAAAAUUUCUCAUGCUUGAUGGAUUUAUUUUCCUUGAUACAAUAGUAUUUCACACUUAUUUCAGUGACCACAGUUUUCUGAGUUUCUCAGUUAGUGUUUAAGUCACUGUGAAACCUUCCUCAUUCUAGUUUUAUGGUCAGAGAAAUCCUAAUUGUAGUGCAAGAAUAAAAGACAUUUUAUUGUAUUAAAUGGUUUUUCAGAUAUAUCUUCAUCUUCUAAUAUUAUUUUUUCCAAUGGUGACCUGGAUCCAUGGAGACCUGGUGGGGUAAGUUAAUGGUAUUUGAAGGCUCUUGUUGCUUCCAUCAUUAAUGGAAUCAUAGAUAAUUGUUGGAUUUAAAAUGUAUUUAUUAUAUUUUAGGUAUUAGAAGAUGUCUCACCAACACUGGUGGCACUUCUGGUCAAAGGUGGAGCUCACCAUCUUGAUCUGAGGUAUGUUUAACCUUUUCAGUGACCAAAUUGAUCAAUAUGAAAAUUCUCCUUGCAUUUUUCUUAUAGAGGUUAAGUCAGGCAGGUAAUGAGAAUAAAGAAAAUUGUCAGCUAUGAGUUACCUCCUGAUAGAAGGUCAAUGUCUCUACUCUAGCCAAUAUCUAAACAUAUGAUGAUGUUUGAGAAAAUUUUAUCUGAGAUCUUGGAGCAUAUUGGGUGGUAAAUUCCUAUUUGGAGAUUUCCUUCAUUCUUCCUGGUGUGCAACCUUCAUUUUUAAAUUUGUUUGUUUUUGGAAUUUAUUAUUAGUUUAUUAUUAGGUUUUUACCUGAAGGAUAAACUUUUAUCAGUGAUUCCUGAUCUCCUUUGGUAGAUUGCUAUGUAGGUUUAAAAGAAAAGCAUUUGCUUCAAGCUGGUUUUCACAAUGUUUUCUGAUAAUUAUUAUUAGUUCAGUUUUAUUAAUUACUGAUGUAUAUAAUUUUGAUAUCCAGAGCUUCCAAUCCACUGGACCCUCCAUCAGUGACACAAGCACGAAAACAAGAACUGGAACUAAUCCAAAAAUUCUUACAUUAG